AUGGCGUCCUAUGAAGAAGAAGAUUUAAAUCCUUCAUCACAACAAUACUCACAGUAUAGUAAUGCCGAUCAAUCUAUUGUUCCAUUACAACCAAAUGGUGUAAUUGAACAACAAGCUCAAUCUGAGGAGAAUACUAGCACGGUUGAAUCACAACCACAACAAUCUGAAUUGGAACGUUAUUGGGAAGCCGUUAAAACAAAUCCCGAUGAUUUCAAUUCAUGGGAAUAUUUGAUUAGAAUAGCAGAAUCUGCUGAUGGAGGUCUUACACCUCAAUCAACACAAGAAACUAUUGCAAACAUGAGGAAUGUUUUCGAUCAAUUUUUGGCAAAAUUUCCAUUAUGUUUUGGAUAUUGGAAAAAAUAUGCUGAUUUCGAGUUUAUGAUACAAGGCCCGCUCGAAGCUGAAAAGAUUUAUGAACGUGGUGUUGAGGCAAUACCUAAUUCAGUUGAUCUUUGGACACAAUAUUGUUCUUUUAAGAUUGAGCAUUAUCCGGACGAUAUAGAAGGUAUUAGAGGGUUAUUCGAGAGAGGUGCAACUCGUGCAGGAUAUGACUUUUUAUCUCAUUUAUUUUGGGAGAAAUAUUUGGAAUUUGAAAAAUCAAAAGAAGCUUAUGACUGUGUCUUAAAAAUCCUUGAUAGGAUCAUACGUAUUCCCAUGCAUCAAUAUGCUAAAUUUUUUGACGAACCAAUAUCAGAACUUUUACCACCUGAUCAAUUAAAGCAAUUUAUAGCAGAGGCUCAAGCAACACCUCAACCUUCUACAACAGAAGGUACUGAAGAUGAACAACCACCGACGGAAAAAGUAUGA